UCGUACCUUUCCAGUUUAAAAAAGAUUUUUUGGCGGAGUAGUUGGUCUAGUCAAGCUAUGUGAUUUAUCUAUUUCUAUUUAUAAAUUAUUAUUAAUUAUAAUUAUAAGCACAGUUUUCGUUUGUGACAACGUGAGAAUUACGAUUUCGUGUUUAUUUCAAAAGCAUUGGACAUGAGUAACAGAUCAAUAGACAUAUCUGACAGAGAGGACCGUAUGCAUGGAUUGUCUAAAUCUUGGUUCCUGGUGGAAUGGGAUAAUUCUGAUGGCCCGAACACUUACGCUGUUGUUAAUUGGUCCAGCUUGGUGGGACAACCAGCACGAUCAAAGCUUUGUACUGGUAAAACUGUUAUUGUAAGGAGAGGGAAAGAUAUGAAGCAAGCUGUUAUUGUAAUUAUGUCUGAUGACAAAAGGUUCUUAGACACCGAAUUGCAACAACUGCGCUCUAUUGCAGCGGCCAAUCUUCAGAACAAAGGCGAGGUGAACAGAAAGAGACGAAAAUUGCACUUGUCAGCUGAUAGUCAAUCAGAUUGUAUGUCAACUUCUAGACUGUGCUCACCAUCACCACCACCCUCAAAUCUUGCACCAACACUUCAUUUCAACAGAACUGCUCCUCCCAUGACUUUUGAUCAGCAGACGCAAACUGAAUCAAAAAUUUUCAUUGACAAUAAUGUUACUGUAGAUAAUUCUAUUUUGUUAGAAAUAAAACAAAAUCAACUUUUUUUGAAAGAGGAAAUACUAGGUUUAAUAAGGAAGACCGAUCGCCUACAAAAUUCUAUCAAUCAGUUGUUUGUGACACGCAGUGAAUUUAAACCACUUAAAUCUAUAUCACGAACAAGCUUAUCUCCACCACGAAAUAGUACACCAAUUAGCGCGAAAGAACCAAGGAAAUCAUCUAUUUCCAAUGGUGCUCAGUCGCCAAAUGAAAAUAUAAGUGGUGGUGUUGAUUCUGAUGCUGAUUAUGAGGAUUACAAGUAUCUUAAUCCAUUAGGCAAUUCCCAGAAAAUGAAUUUGACCUUCAAUGGAUUUUCAAAUAAUAUAGCUAAUCUUCACGUGAAGCCUUGGGAGUCAGAAACUUAUCCUAAUGACAUGGUACCUAUUGGAUCAGGAAAAACAUUAGUGCCAUUGCAUGUGAUGAAUCAAAUUAAUUGGACCUCGCAUAGCAAUGCGACUAGGAGAUUAAUGAUGGCGCUCUUUAACAGGCACACUCUUGCUACACAUACUCUCACAGGAAAGGCUUCACCAGCUUUUAAUGGUGCCAAUUCAAAGCCACAGAAGAGGCGUUUGGAUCCGUCAAUUAUCUGUGAUAUAAUAGAAACCGUGUCAAAAUAUUGUGGUGUGAAGGAGAGUGUAGUUCGAAGUGCAAUCACAACUAAAUGCGCAGACGAGAAUAAAAUGUUAAGAGCCAGGAAAGUAAAGGAAGAAGUUAGCAACGAUGAAAAUAAAGAACUAAAUGAUGUUGCUAUUUAAAUAUAUUUAUUUAUUUUUAGCAUCACUAGUUCAAUAAUAUUACAUAGUAUAAUAUUGUACUAUAAGUUGCAAUGAAGAGU